AUGGCACCAAUUGCACCAGAGGAUGUUGACGAUUUCGAUUUUCCACUCGUAGAAGCAUCAUCUUCAUCCGCCAUACCUGGAAGUUCUCUACCACAUCCGAUGGCCUCGGGAUCCGUACCACCCAAUAUGGCGGAUCUGGCCAGUAUGUUCAGUGGGAUGAUGGGUGGAAGUAGUGGGAUGGGAAUGAUGCCACAAGAGAAACGAGAACCUGAUAGAACCAGAUGGAAAAAUUGGGAAACCAUUUAUCCGAUCUAUUUAGAUGCUAAAGUACCAUAUAAGACAGGUGGAAGACGAGUUAGCUUGAAGUACUCACUACGGUGGCCAUUAGCUCAUCAUAUUCAACAAGUUUGUAGUCAAAUCGGAUUUCCAGCUCAAUUAGAGAAUGACAAGACCCAUCCUUCGGAUUGGCAGAACCCAGGUCGAGUGAAAGUUUUGAUCAAGAAAGGAGGAAAACCGACUGUUAGGUCCAUCAAAGAUAAAUAUACGCUUCUCUGUCGACUCGGUACUCUUUUGCGACCACUUGAAUCAAAGCGAUUAAAUCUACCGCCACCUACAAUUGAUGACAGAAUCAGUGGACCAUUGCCUCUGAUCUCCUUGAGACUUCCAUACAAUUCACCAGCAGUCUCACAUGGAGUCUUAGAAGCUGCCGAUUCUCAAGCUCCAGAGAUUACAACAGAUGAAAUCCCAUCAAAUGAUUCAAAUUCAAAAUCCAUCGAGUCAAAAAAGACAAACAAAACUUCCGCUCAAAAACCUAGUUCAAAACCACCAGGUUCUUCUAAGAAGAAGAAAGGAAGAAAGUGA